AUGAAAUCCAACAUCGCGACAUUCCUGUUGAUCAUCAUUUGCGUCAGCAGUGUAGUCGCCGAUAAUUGUGAAGAGGUUACUGCAUCUGCUGAAGCAAACAGUGUCAUUGUGAGAAGCGGUAGCAAGGGCUGCCAGUACCGCGUCAAACCGGAUUCCGGUAAACCGGUGAAGGUCUUUGUUAAUUCGACGAGUGGAAGGAACUGUUUGAACGUGGCCAGUGGAGGGAAAUCAGAAACGAUCUGUCCAACAGGUCCAACGACUGAAUUCACAUCCAACUCGGCGAUUGAUAUUAGUGCGGAGACCGUGACGAGUACAACUGCAGAUGCCACAACGAUAAUCGCAUCGACAGCUACGCCAUCUCCCAGUCCAACAUCACCCGGAAAUAAGAAUGAGUCAGAAGAAGCAGAGCCCGGAAGUAAACCGGGUGUUAACGUACAACCAUCACCAGCGGGUGAAGGUGUCCAACAGCACGAGGAAGAAAAGGAAAACAAAGUGGAAGAUAAAAAGGCAGCGGUGAAACCGUUGGAAAUUCAUGCUGCUCCUUCUGUUAAAUUAGUAAGGAAAACCAGAGAUGCUUCCACCAGUGCUCGACCUAAUGACGUUACUGUUUAUUAUAUGUUGGAUGGUGUUUCGAAGUACAACCCGCCAUGGUUCCUAUUGCUGGGCCUAUUUGCACAUCUCGUCAACGGUGGUCUAUAG